AUGUCGUCGCAAAAAAGUGAAGUGAGCAAAAUUAAUAAUAAAAAAGAUAUUUGUAGAGACUUCUUGUGGGGCUGCUGUAGUAAAGGACCCGCAUGUAAAUUCCGCCACGAGUUGGUUUUGGAGGAUAUGAAAAAGACUUUAAUAUUUUGCCACGAUUUUCAAAAUCACGGAUGUACACGUAAAGAUUGUUCGUUUCUUCAUGCUAGUAGAGAGGAGCAGAAUUUAUUUGAGGUUGCGGGACAGUUACCUGAGGUUCUUGUGGAAAGGUACAAAAAUAUGUCAAUGACAAGCGGUGAAACAAUCCCGCAGAUAGCAAUGUAUAUCAGGGAGUCUCUGGCUGUAGCCCCUCCACCUCCACCGCCACCUCCUCCCCUACCAGCAACUAAUAAUAUAGCAACAUAUGGCCCCAGUCAAUCAAAGUUUAUGGGCCCAGGAUCUCAUUCAGUAAUGGCAACUGUUGGUCCUCAUAUUGCUCCUGGUCAUACUACUGCAGUCAUGCCUCCAAUACAUCCCGCUGUACCUUCAACUCCAGCAGUAGCAGUGCAGCACUUGCCUCCACCCCCUCCUCCCCCAGUACAAAAUUGUACAUCUGAAAACAGUUAUAAAGCUACAUCUCAUACAGGUGCAUUGGCAACACACCCAAUAAAUAAUCAAGUACCAGGUUUUCCAGCCAAAUUUGAUACAAGUAAACCACCACCCAUCCUACCAGCACGAUUACAAUCCAGGACUGGUAAACGUAAAUUAGCAGAUAGUGAGGCAGAGCCUUCGAAAGUAAGAAAGGAUGAGGAAACAAAAGAGGUAGCCAAUUCUUGCGGCAGCUGCAGCCAAAGAGAAUGCAGAAUAAACUUAUAUAAAAAGAAACUGGACGAGCAUUAUAUUCAAGAAGAAAAUCUUACCCUAAUAUACACAAGGAAAUUGGAGGAAUAUCAGAGAAAAAUGGACUUGCUUAAGACUUUUUUCAGCCCAGUAAUUUACUCAUUACUAGUGGAUUAUAUAGAGAAAAUGACACAAUAUCAUGUAGGUGUUCUCAAUAAAAUUCCAAGAAUUACCCAGCCUCAAACCCUACCGGAAGAACUUGUGAGGACACUGCUGACAUCUAUAAGGUCAGCACCCAGCACAUCAAACGUAAACAAUAUUCAGGAACUAUUAACUAGACUGAGUGAGAUGCAAAAUGUACAAAACACUGUCAACGACAGUCAAAAUCGGACACUUGGUGUCGAAUAUAGCUAUACAAACGGACAGAGAACCGAUGCAAUGUCAACAAGGCAAAAUAGUUCCCAAGUGGAUGUUAACCAAGCGCAUUCAAAUCGCACAACUACUUCAAUGAAUGUUCCAAAGACUAUGCCCUCAAUAUACAGUGUUCCACCUCCGAAUAUUAGGAGUUAUUUGCCGCAACCGACCGUCCCUCCAACACAAAAUACAGCAACCAUGUCUGGGUUCAAUCAGCAACAUAAUUAUAGCGCACCAACGACAAAUAACGUUACAAAUUGUGUGCCAAGUGUGACUCUACCACCCGCGAACAAUCGAGAGUUCACGUACACGCCCAUGCCUGGGUACAGUCAGCAACAAAAUUAUGGUGUACCAACAGUGUUCAAUAACACGAAUAGCACACCAAGCCAACCUCCACCUCCCACAAGUAAUAACGAUUAUCCUUAUUCAUCUAUAGCUGGCUACAGUCAGCAGUACAAUUAUAGUGUAACAACGGCAUUCAAUAAUAUAAACAAUGUACCAAGUAUCGUUCCAACACACAAUCACCAUAUUAUUACUCAUACACCCGUGACUGGAUACAGUCAACAGUAUAAUUAUAACGUUCCAACAUCAUACAACAAUGUACCGAUAACGUCGACCCAACCCUCGACCAGUCGCAAAAACUAUUCAUUUAACAAUACGGCAAACAAGCCACCAUAUUAUCAAGCACGUCAAUAGCAUUCGGUUAUGAUCGCCCAUUUGGCGAUAAGGACUGAUAUUUUUUUAUAAUAUAAAUAAUACUAUUAGUGCAUUAUAAUAUCGAACACUGCAACAAACGGAUGGUUGUU